AUGUCAUCUUACUGUGAUUGGCUUUCUUGGGGGUUCUACGCGGCAUCUCUGGGCAUCUGUCUCGGGCUUGGAUUCACCACAGAAAUCUUUGGAGACACCCUAUACACCUGUUCGGCCCCCAUGGGAAGCCAGUUCCAGCGUCCUUCCAGGCGCCGACCCUGCCACCGUCUCCACCUUGUACCUGUGCGGCAGCAGCUGGACAGCGCCAACAUCGCGGCUCCCCAGCUGGGCAGACGAAAGCGCAUGCGCAAGCGGCCUGUCACAAGCGCCAGCGCUGAGCCCGGGCUCGCGUCACAGGAACAGCCACCGUUGCCUGGGGAACGAUCACAGUGGCUUCCCAAAGCAGCGGUCCUCUGUGGCAGUGCCUCAGCAACGGGCAACGGACUCUUUCUCCGCGCGAUCAUCGCUGAGUCCUGCGAUUUUAGGAAUCCGGCAGGCCGAGCCAGGCAGAAGAAAGAUCUGUCGGGGCUUCAGGGAUGUCCACGGCGCUCCCCAGGAAUCACCAAGUUGCUGCAGACCUGCCCAAACAGUGUGAGGGUGCCUCUCGUUGAAAGCCCUCUCGGCUGGAAUUUCCAAGUACGACCUGCCUGCCAAUGGCGGUGCUGCUCUGUGCCGAGGGGACUGGGAGCUGCAGAGAGUGAUGCAAGGGAGGAGAAGCCAGGCAUUUGCUGGCUGCACAGGAAGGGCCUUAGAUAACAAGCUCCUGGAGCUAUCCUGGGAUGUGGAGGAGACAGAGAAAGACCCUGCUUAUGAGUAAACAAGAUCAUUCUGCAACCAUCUUCAUCACACUCACAGCAGCCAAGCAAGCACCACCAGCAAAUGCUGAUUUCAUCCUAGAGCAGUCAGGGGGCCUGCCGUCCUGCUCCACGCCAAGGCAUCCCCCAGGCUGCCUGACUGACAGGGGGAAAGUGAGACUCCUGUGGGUGGGCAUCUUCUCAUGAGUUUCACUUGGUUUUUGGGCAUUAACUAACCUUUUGAAAUCAUUUGCUGACUUUCGAUUGAUUGCAAUAAUAUUCACAGAAAAUAAAACUCACCAUUUUAACCAUCUUAAAGUGUACAAAUCAGAGGUAUGUAGUAUAUUCACAAUGCCAUCCAAACAUCAAUGCUACCUAAUUCAGAAAGAUUUUCAUCACUCCAAGAGACACUCCAUGCCAUUAAGUGGCUACUCAACCCCCAGACAAUAAAAACCAUCAGUCCAUGUUUUGCCCCUAUGGAUCUACCUAUUCUGGACUUUCCUAGGAAUGGCAUCAUGCUGUGUGUGGCUCUCUGUGACUGGCUGUAUUCAAUUAGCACCGUGUUUCUGUUCUGUGGCAUGCACGCCUCAGCACUGCUUUUUCUUUAUGGCUCAGUGAGACCACACAGGAUGGAUGGACCACCGUUGGUUGUUCCCUCACUUGGCUAAGAAUACUGCUUCUAUUAAAGCGGUAUACAGGUGUUUAUAUAAAUGUAUUUUCAGUUUUCUCGAGUACACACUUGGAGGUGAACAUUACAUGUCACUACUUCCCAGGCACUGCCUCUAAAGGUGAUGUUUUAUGUUUACACAUACAGGGUUCUAUGAUUUCAUUCCAUUCUGGAAUAGUACUGAGCAAUAUAGGAGGGAAGAAUUUCUAGGU